AUGACGGUUAACCUGGUGUGUCACAGUGCUGCAGGGUCGCAUGAUUCUUUCAGCUACUGGGUUGAUGAGAAAUCUCCUGUGGGACCAGACCAAGCCACAGCCAUCAAACGUUUGGCCAGAAUUUCUUUGGUUAAAAAGAUCAUGAAGAAAUGGUCAGUGACCCAAAAUCUGACUUUCAAAGAGCAGUUGGAAGGUGGGAUCCGCUACUUUGAUCUUCGUGUAUCUUCCAAACCUGGGGAAAUAGGACAAGAGAUUUACUUCAUACACGGCUUGUUUGGCAUCAAAGUAUGGGAUGGGCUGAAGGAGAUUAACACCUUUCUUGAGCAGCACCCCAAGGAAGUAAUCUUCUUGGAUUUCAAUCACUUCUACGCCAUGGACAACAGCCAUCACUUCUUCUUGAUCAACAGGAUCCACUCAGCUUUUGGAUCUAAACUUUGUUCAGUUGAAUGUGUAGAAUAUGUGACGUUACAGUACAUGUGGGAGAAGAAACACCAGGUUCUCAUAUUCUACCACUACCCUCUGUAUCAGGAAUACCCCUUCCUGUGGCCAGGGAAUAAAAUGCCAGCACCAUGGGCUAAUACAACCAAUGUGCACAAACUGUUACAGUUCCUAGAGACCACUCUUGAGGAACGAAGUCGUUAUGGGACUUUCCAUGUUUCUCAAGCAAUUCUCACGCCUCGAGUGAAAACUAUUGCACGGCAUCUAAUUCGUGGUCUGAAGAACACACUUGUUCAUAGGAACCUGCCCAUGAUUUUGAACUGGGUGAAAGCACAGAAGCCAGGUGUUAUGGGUGUUAACAUAAUUACAUCAGACUUUGUGGAGCUGGCUGAUUUUGCUGCUACAGUCAUUGCACUGAAUGACCUCCUUUUGGAAGAGGAUGAAUCUGCAACUAAAUCCUGA